CUUUUUUCUAUUGCUUCUCCUCAUAAAAACAACACCCCUUUUCUUUUCAUUCUCAUCUCACACUUUCUCUUUUGAUUCUCACACCUUCAUCAUUUAUUCAGGAUAAAUGGGGAGGAUCAAACCUCAAGCUCUGCUGCAACAAAGCAAAAGGAAGAAGGGCCGUUAUCACAUGAGUCCAAUAAAUAUUGUAUUUUACACAUUGACUCUUGUCAUAUUUGUGUUUUUUCUCUUUGCUACAUUCAAAUAUUGGUCUAAUAGGACAAGAUUUCAACCAGAGAACCACACAUCAGUCUUUGAGGAUGAAAAUCCUUCUGUGGAAUCCAAGAAAUUGGAUCUACCUGGAUAUGCUGUUUUAAGAACCUCUAAAGGUUCUAUAAUAAUAGAACUUUACAAGGAAAGUGUUCCUGAAGUUGUCGACGAAUUCAUUGACUUAUGUCAAAAGGGGCACUUCAAAGGGAUUCUUUUUCACCAAGUAAUUAAGCACUAUGUGAUUCAGGCAAGUCGUAACAAAGGGUCGGGAUCUACUGAAGAUUGGAACCAGAGAGGGAAGAAAUAUACAAGUAUGAAACACGAUGCAUUCAUGCUCGGAACUUCUAAGGAUAAAUACUUCAAUAAAGGAUUUGAUCUUUUCAUCACAACUGCACCAAUACCAGAUCUAAAUGAGAAACUUACUGUUUUUGGCCGGGUCGUAAAGGGAGAGGACGUAGUUCAGGAAAUUGAAGAAGUGGAUACAGAUGAACAUUAUCAACCAAAAAUUUCUAUUGGGAUAAUUGAUGUGGAUCUUAGACAAAUGAUGUGAAGGUUCUCUGUCUGAACCAAUGGCGCAACGAUUCCUCAAAAUUCUUUUAAUGAUAUCCUAUUUUGGUACUUUAGCUACAUGUUCCACAGAGAUGAUGAACCUCAAGGAUUUUACCUUCAUUUGGUAAAUUAUGAGCUUUGACGCAGUUUUAGCUACAUGUUUCAAUUGCACAUGUAGGGUUUAUGGAUUCUGCUUUUUCCACCUUUCUGUCUUAUUGUUUGGUCUUCUGAUGUGGCGCAUAUAGGAAGGUUUCUUGUGGGUUUGGUGAUAUCUCAUUUUGAUAUUUAUUUUGCAUUACACUUCAUUUGUAACACAAAGGGGGUAUGCAGUUCUUGUAUAUUGUAGGAUACGCCAAAGUGAUUGUCGAAUAAGUUAUGAAACUAGAUCAGCACUAACAAUAGGAGAUAAGAGGGAAAAAGGUAUACAAUAAUGUUGUAAUCUUGAAAAUAAACAAUAAUGAAAUAGGUAACAAGAAGAUAAUGUUCCAAA